ACCGACCACCGACGAGGCACCGUAACCCGCAUUACCAGAAAAACAAGCAAAUAAAAUAUCCAAGAUCUACACAAUAUAGCACUGAAACGUGAAAAUAUAGUCUACUUGUCUUCAAAGUAAACUCCCUUCCUUGAAAAGGCUUGAGCGAGACACGUCAUCAUCACCAUCAUCAUCCGACCGGACGGGAAGGACACACCGGCUGCGACCGAAUAUUACCGAGGCUCCGGGAUCCCGAGCAGGUUUAUAGUAAAGCGUUAAUCAACGGAGCGUUUUUGCAACUCGUUUUUAUGCGUUUAUUUAUUAACUUCAUCAUAAAAAGAACCAAUUGUCUGUCGGUUAGAUGGGGAUUUUCAUACAUAUGAUAAUCAAAUGUGACGAUUUAACGCAUUAAUUUGAUUAUUUAUUUCCCACGAGAGGCAGAAAAUAGCUCGUCAUAGGGCGUUACGUAAUAGAGACAUUAUCCAGGGUGCUGAAACCAACCCAUGCUUGACGCCAACGAGGGAUUUUUUUUAAAGCAUUCAAUUGAACGUAUAUAUUUUGUGUUUUUUCAGCCGCUAGAGAGCUAGAGAGUCACUUUGGAUUCCGUUUCUCUUUUUUGUCGGCGAAUAUCAUAUGCAUUCCGUCUGUCCUUCCCCCUGAAGUUGAUUCUCGAGGUGGUUGUCGACUCUACCGGGAGAAAAUGUCUGGACAGACUCUGACGGAUCGCAUCGCCGCGGCGCAGUACCAGCUCACCGGAUCCGAGGUGGCUCGUGUCGUGUGCAAAGCCACGACGCACGAGGUGAUGGCGCCCAAAAAGAAGCACCUGGAUUAUCUGAUCUCAGCCACCAACGAGACAAACGUGAACAUCCCUCAGAUGGCGGACACACUAUUUGAAAGAUCCGCUAAUGCUAGCUGGGUUGUCGUGUUCAAAGCUCUAACCACGACCCACCACAUCUGCAUCUACGGCAAUGAAAGAUUCAUCCAGUAUUUGGCCUCAAGGACUUCCCUGUUCAAUCUCAGCAACUUUAUUGACAAAACAGGCUCCCAUGGCUAUGACAUGUCUACAUUCAUCAGACGAUAUGCACGGUACUUGAACGAGAAGGCAUAUGCUUACCGUGCGAUGGCCUUCGACUUCACUCGAGUUAAGAAGGGAGCUGAUGGUGUGAUGAGGACUAUGGCUCCUGACAAGCUUUUGAAGGCCAUGCCUGCCCUUCAGACUCAAGUGGACACACUGCUGGAGUUUGACGUUCAUCCUAAAGAUUUGAACAAUGGCAUCAUAAAUGCAGCGUUCCUGCUUCUCUUUAAGGACCUGAUUAAGCUCUUUGCCUCCUACAAUGACGGCAUCAUCAAUUUAUUAGAGAAAUAUUUCAAAAUGAAGAAGUCUGAGUGCAAAGAUUCUCUGGAAAUUUAUAAGAAAUUUCUGAACCGGGUGACCAAAAUCGCAGAGUUCAUGAAAAUCGCUGAGCAAGUAGGUGUGGAUAAGAAUGACAUUCCCGACAUCUCUUAUGCUCCUACCAGUAUUCUGGAAUCUCUGGAGGCACAUAUGAACAGUCUAGAGGGCAAGAAAGGGGAAGGGUCACCCACAAAGGGAUCACCCACCAAUAAUGUGUCUCCAACCUCCACUCCUGCCAAAUCAGGCGCUGCUGUCCCCACUUUGGAGCCACCACGCACUGAGGCCGCACCGGUCACCGAAACUGCCACUGAUUCUCUGCUGGAUUUGGACCCGUUGUCUUCCUCUGGUCCUUCUGUAGGAGGAGCAUCAGCUGCUCCCACAUGUUGGGGAGAUCUGCUGGGCUCAGAAAUAGGCUCCCUUACUACAGAGACUGUCCUUCCUGACCCAACCCCUGCAGUAGACUCCACCUCCUCAGCCACGCCCACCACCACAGCUGCUGAGGCAGCUGUUUCUUUGGCUCCUCCUCUUUCCGCUGCCGGUGCUUCCUCCGGCUCAGCGGUUCUCCUCGGAGAUAUGUUUGCGGCCCCUGCGGCUGAAACAGCUGCUGCUGCUGAGGGUGGUGCAUCAGCAACCACCCCCACUCCUGCUGCUGACAGCACUGCGCCAACCGAAUCUGCGGGCGCUGGAGAGGCCAAACCAGCAGCAGCUGCAGGAGGAGAUCUGAUGUCAGCUUUCGAUGGAUUGGGUGACAUGCUAAUGCCAUCUAUAACUCCAAAAGCAGCAGGGGCCACCUCACCGGUCAAACCCAUGGGAGGAGACCUGGACUCAGCUAUGGCCAACAUGGCCAGCAAUUUGGCAGUGGGGAACCAGAAACCGGGUGAAGCAGCUGGAGGGGCGAACUGGCAAGCGCAGACUUCCCCUCGCAGGGUCUGUCCUGUCAUGGGAUCCCCAUCACCGUUUGGCAUGCCUGGUGCAGGAGCUGCUCCUAUGAUGCCUGGCUCACCGAUGAUGGCCACACAGCAACCAAUGAUGAGGCCACAGUUUCCCGCAGGAGGAGCCCCAGGACAACCGAUGUCUCCAGCAAUGGCCCAGAGUCCCAGGAAGCCCCCCCCUUCUAAAGAUCCUCUCGCUGACCUCAGUAUGAAAGACUUCAUGUAAAUGAACAGCUGGUUUGUCACACUUAUUGUGCAGAGCUGAUGAAUCAAACAUGUGUAUUCUUUCUUCCAUUCAUCACAAUGAGGACCUCAGUCCCUCCUUUCUCUCUCUCUCUUUCUCUUCCCUGUCUGUUGUUGUAGCACAAACCGUGAACGUGAAUAAGUACAUGUGUGUAUGUGUGUUUGUAUUUCAAUGUUCUCAAUUACUUCAGAUCUAUAUAUGAAAAAUAAAAAAAAGAAAGAAACACGAGGAGAAUGGCAGAUGCCAUCUUGAAUGUGCAUCUGCAUGUCUCUUAAGGAUAGAUGUGCGUUAAUUUUUCCUGGGCUCGCUUUCUGUGGGAAAUCAAAUCAAAAGUGUGACGUUUUCUGUGGAAAAUGUUUUUUUUUUGCUGUGGUGAAUAUAACUGGGCCGGUCUGUGUCAUCAUCAGUGGUGUAUUAGUCAUUUUUGGACCAUGGAAUAAUUUCUGUGGGAACAAUAUCAGCGUAUUAUGAGUUAAGAUAGUGUCUCAUGCACAUUGUUUUUAUCAAUGCUCUGAUUUUAUUCUUUUUUUGUAUCUAUCGAUUUUGAGUCACAUGCAACAUGUGACUAUUUUAUGAAAAUACAUAUGCAUUUUAAAGUAUUUUAAAAUACAGAUUGUUUUGAAUAUCCUUAGUUUUUAUUUUGAGAUAAAAAAAAGGUUGAAUAUAUUUUAGUUAUGUCAGAAGUUUACUUUGCACACUAUAUGGCUAGUUAGUAAUUCCUUUUGUACAAAUGUCUGUGUACAUCACAAAGCACUGAGCUGAUGCCAGUAUGUACAAUAUAAUAUCGCAGCAUGUAAUUCCUCUGUUGAGCAAUGGGGAUGCCAUUGAGCCAGAUCAGAUUCUAUCAGCAGCAAGUUCACCAACAUCUUAAUCAUCAAAUCAGUCUUAAAAGAAUAGUUCAACCAAAAAUUGUAAUUUGCUUUAAAUGUACUCACCCUCAUCCAUUCCUUCUUUGGAACAAAAAUGUAGCAUUACAUCACUUGUUCACCAAUGGAUCUUCUGCAUUGAAUGGGUGCCAUCAGAAUGAGAGUCCAAACAGUUGUUAAAAACAUCACAAUAUUCCACAAAUAAUCCGCACCGAUCCAGUCCAUCAGUUAGCAUUAAAGAAAAAAACAUGUUUGUAAGGAACAAAUCCAUCGAGACAGUUUUAACUUUAAAAUGUUGCUUUGUAUGUUAAUAUAAAAUUGCUUUCUCCAGUGAAAGCCUUGUUUAAACUCUCAUUCUGAGGGCACCCAUUCACUGCAAAGGAUCCAUUGGUAAGCAAAUGAUGUAAUGUUAAAUUUCACUAAAUCUGUCCUGAUGAAGAAACAAACUCGUGGACAUAUUGGAUGUCCUGAGGGUGAGUGAGCAAAUGUAAAUUUUUUCAAUGAGCUGUUUAUUUAAUAUAGGACUAAAUAUACCUGGCUGUCUAAUGUGAGUGAGUGUAUUAUUAAUACUAUUGGCUACAAGUAUCAAGGAUUUCAAAGGGAUGAACGGCAGUUUAAUGGGACAGUAUUGCAUUUUAUUGAUGGCUGUUUUUUAUUUCAACUGAACAUUUUGUUGAUAUAUCUUAUUUUUGGAUGGAAUAACACCCUCUGCCCCUCCCACCUUUGUGCAUGUUAGUCCUGUUGAAAUGCAAUAAACAGUGAUCUGGAGAGAAACAUAA